AUGUUCAAAAGCAGACGUUUAAAGAACGUCAAAGAAGUUUUCAAAUCUAUAAAAGGUCAGGGUUCAGAGACAUCCAUUGAGGUUUCAAAAUCAUCACCUAAAUCUGCAGAUUCUGAGCCAUCCCAUAAAUCCCAAAAUUCGAAAUCUUCCACCUCAUUUAAACUUCCUACGGGCUCAAGUAACAAGAAUAAGAUAUUUUCAUUAAAAGAAGCAAACAGAUAUGGUAUGAGUAGUAAACCAACCUCUGCUGCAUUCGACUUCACGCAAAAUUUAUUGGCUAUUGCUACAGCUACAGGAGAAGUUCAUAUUUAUGGCCAGCAGCAAGUGGAAGUACUUAUAAACCUGGAGGAUAGGUCACCCGUUAAGGAGAUGAGAUUUGUAAAAGGUAUCUAUCUGGUUGUCAUCAACUCAAAAGAUGUCAUGUUUGUCCUAUCUUUAUAUUCUCAAAAAGUACUUGCAACAGUGUUUGCUCCGGGGAAAAUAACGUCGAUUGAUACAGACGCAUCCUUAGAUUGGAUGCUGAUUGGUCUUCAGAGCGGUUCAAUGAUAGUUUAUGACAUUGAUAGGGACCAACUUUCCACGUUCAAGUUAGGCAACUUACAAAAAAACUCAUUUUUUCCGGAUGCAAGGCUGUCACCCAUGGUGUCGAUUCAAUGGAACCCUAGGGAUAUUGGCACUGUGCUAAUAUCAUACGAGUACGUAACUCUGACAUACUGUUUAAUUGAUAACGAAAUUAAGCAAUCAUUUAUAUACGAGUUGCCGCCUUUUGCUCCGGGAGGUGACUUUUCAAAGACAACUAGUGAAAAGAGGACACCCAAAGUAAUCCAAUCCUUAUAUCAUCCCAAUUCCCUACACAUCCUAACCGUUCAUGAAGAUAAUUCUUUAGUUUUCUGGGAUGCUAAUACAGGACAUAUGGUAAUGGCAAGGACAAUAUUCGAGACUGAAAUUAAUAUUCCGCAGCCUGAUUACAUACGGGACUCUAGUACAGGUGCGGCGGCAAUUUCAAAAGUGUUUUGGAUGUGUGAAAACAAUCCAGAAUAUACGUCACUACUUAUCUCUCACAAACCAGUCGGUCAAGAUGGCAACCAAAGUCUCACCAUGGUGGACCUUGGUUACACACCGAGAUAUUCAAUAACAUCAUAUGACGGUAUGAAAAAUUACUACGCGAAUCCGAAACAGAUGAAGAUAUUUCCGUUAACAACCAACAUGCCGAUAGUAAAGGUACUGCCGAUUCCAAGACAAUCCCCAUAUUUUUCAGGAUGCCAUAAUCCAGGAUUAAUUCUAUUGAUUCUUGGAAAUGGUGAGAUAGAAACAAUGCUAUAUCCUUCUGGAAUAUUUACUCAUAAAGCCUCUUUGUUCCCUCAAAAUCUUUGUUGGCUUAGACCAACAGCUACAGUUUCUGUGGCCACUUCUGUACCCAACAAACUAUGGCUAGGAGUGCUAUCCGCAGCUCAAAGUAAGGAUUGCGUAUUGAAGGGGGGUGUUCGAACAAAAAGGCAAAAAUCCCCAGCAGAAUACGGUACAGCUCUCAUUACUGGCCACUCAAAUGGCUCAGUUAGAAUAUGCGAUGCUUCUCAUGGGGAUAUACAAGACAAUGCCAGCUUUGAGAUGAACCUAUCAAGAACAUUAAAUAGAGCGAAUAAAUUAGCCGUCGACAAACUAUCCUUUGCUGCAGAAACUCUUGAGCUCACGGUAUCGAUUGAAACAGGUGAUGUUGUUUUAUUCAAGUACGAAGUAAACCAGUUUUAUAGUGCCGAAAAGAGGCCAGACAGCGGUGACCUAAAUAUGGACUUUAGGCGGUUCUCAUUGAACAAUACGAAAGAUGUUCUCGUUGAUGUAAAGGACAGAGCACCCACCAAUAUUAAACAGGGAUUUAUGCCAUCGACAGCUGUACAUGCCGAUAACGGAAAAACUUCUGCCUUAAAUAACAGUAACAUCGGGUUUGUUGGCAUUGCGUAUGCUGUCGGAAGCCUUAUGCUGAUCGAUAGAAGAGGGCCAGCAAUCAUUUACAUGGAAAAUAUUAAAGAAUUACCAGGGGUUAAGAGUACAUGCGUUUCCUGCAUUGAAUUUGUAAUUAUGGAAUAUGGAGAUGACGGUUACUCAAGCAUAUUAAUGCUUUGUGGCACUGAUAUGGGCGAACUGAUCACCUACAAGAUCCUUCCUGCACCUGGUGGAAGAUUUAAUGUUCAGUUUAUGGACAUCACCAAUGUUAAUAGUAAAGGGCCAGUACGUAAAAUCGAUGCUUUCACAAAGGAAACGAAAUCUAGUUGCUUGGCAACUAUUCCAAAAAUGCAGAGUUUAAGCAAGGGACUUUGUAUUCCUGGAUUUGUAUUGACAACUGCAUUUGAUGAUAUAAGAAUGAUAACUUUAGGCAAGUCUAAAGAUAUGCACAAGAGUUUCAAAUAUCCACUGGCCACUACAGGUAUAUCGUAUAUUCCUACUUUAGAAGGGAAUAACAGCCGAAAAAUAUUAGCGGUAAUAGUCACGUUAGAAAUCAACGGCCAUGUCAAAGUUUUUUCAGUUCCAGAUUUUAAGGAGCAGAUGUCUGAACAUAUUCCAUUUCCAAUAGCUGCGAAAUACAUAACAGAAUCUUCCGUCCUAAGGAAUGGUGAUUUAGCGAUUAGAGUGGGUGAAUUUCAAGCAUCGUUAUUUUCUACCGUCAAGGAACAGAGUACAGCACCACCAGCACAAGUUUCCGACGUACUGUAUAUUAAUGGAGUUCGAAUCCCGUAUAGGCCACAAGUAAAUUCAUUACAAUGGGUGAGAGGUACCGUGUAUUGCACACCUGCCCAAUUGAAUGAGUUACUUGGAGGUAAAAAUAGACCCGAUUCCAAAUACAAGGAGAGUGUUAUUGCUCAAGGAACUUUUUCGGAACGUCCUUCGGAUAAUAAUCAUGAAGAGGGUUCGGAGUACCAGUACAAUAAACCCUCACGGAAAGGUAGGAAUAGUAACUAUGGUGUACUGAGAAAUGUUUCCCGUGUUGUUGAAACCAGAUGGGAUGCCGUUGAAGAUAGGUUUAACGAUUAUGCUACUGCCGUGGGCGAAACAAUGAACGAGGCCGUUGAGCAGACUGGGAAAGAUGUAAUGAAGGGUGCCUUAGGAUUUUGA